UGAACCUGACUGUGCUUCAUCCAACCAUUUACUGCUUCAGAGGAUAAGCAACAGAACACAGCAAGGAUUAUUGGAUCUAAAAUCUCUGCAUUUAUCACGAAGUAUAAUAUAGUUCAGUUGGUGCAAACACUGGGACAUACCACCACAAGACCAGAAGACUAUUUAUGACUUAUUUUGGCUGAAUAAAGUGACAGGAUGAAAGAUCGCCUGGAGGAACUAAAGCAGAAGGCAAAAGAACUAGAAUUAGCCGGGGAAAAAGAAUCUACUUCAAAGGAAGAUGAUGAACCGGGCGAACUAAAGCAACAAGCUGUUAUAUUCGAGAAAGAGCCCAUCCUUGAGGGCUAUUUACUUGGAAUCCGUAAAAUUCAAAAUGAACUGACUGAACUUUCCGAAAACGUGACAAGGUUUGGGCAGCAGCAGAAGACCCUUGUGUCCACCAUGAGAAGGUUUAGCGUACUAAAGAGUGAAUGUAACAUUACACAAGACAUUAAAUUACAGGCAGAGAACAUAAGCAAGCGCUUGGCACUUUUAUCUCAGCAUGUAAAAAAAGCGGAACAGGAAACAGAGCCAUCAUCAAACCUCACUAGGAUUCUCAAGGCUCACCAGGCCGCUCUCUACAGACAUUUUCAGAAUAUUAUGGUGAAAUACAAUGAAACAAUCACACUCAAGCAGUUCAAAUGUAGAACAUUCAUUAUAAGACAACUAGAGGUGGCCGGAAAAGAGGUAUCUGAACAAGAAGUGAAUAAAAUGCUGGAACAAGGCAAAUGGGACGUUUUCAAUGAGAACUUACUCACAGAAGUUAAGAUCACUAAAGUUAAAUUAUCAGAGCUUGAACAGAAACACAAGGAGCUGAUGAACUUAGAAAAUCAGAUAAAGGAAUUAAAAGAUUUAUUUUUACAUAUUUUCCUUUUAGUAGAGGAACAAGGGGAACUGAUUAACAAUAUUGAACUGGCCACAUCCAAUACUGCAGAUUACAUCCAGAAUUCACAGGAUCAUUUUAAACUGGCAGUUAAGUACAAAAGGAGAAACCCAUGCAGGACUCUAUGCUGCUGUUGUUUUCCUUGCUUUAAAUAAGAUGGAAAAACACAUUAUUAUUUUUUUAAAUGGACAAUGUAACAAGCCAAGUUCCUGAUAAAAGUUAAUUGUAUUCAAAACUGCUGCAGAAACGUCCCCUCCCCCCCCAACUGGGAGCUUUAUUUCUUCUACUGCCUUUUGUUUAAAUUAUUUUUCUAUAACCAAUACUGCAGUAACUAUUUUCAGUAUAGUUGGCAGUUUUAAAAGGAGCUAUUUCAGAUGACAAAAUAAAGGUUAAAAGGUUGUUUUGAAAACAAUUUCAUACACUCCUGCAGUUAAAUGGAUCAGUGGGAACACAUACAAGGAAGGGUCAUUUUAAAGUACAAAGUCCCUUUUGGGUACAAGUUUACAAAACCCUUUUUAUCCUAUAAAAUGCACAAAUGUUGGUAUCGUACUAUUAAUAAUUGUAUCAAAACUACAAAUUACUGCAUGAAAACAUACUAAUUUGAUUUCAAAACGACAUUAAAAUGCAUAAAAAGAUGAA